AUGGAUGAAUCCCGUGUUCACGACGAUGGCAGGGCCGCAGAAGAAAGCGACGAUGAUAUGUUCGACAUGGUCUCUGGAGAAGUCGUGGACAAGACGAGACCAACCCUAGAUGAUGUGGACGAUGGAGUAGAGGCCAAGGAUGAUGACUGGGACGACAUGCUAUCGAUCAAUAAACACGAUUCUGCCACCGACCAUGAAGAAACGCCCGGAGCCUGGAUCACACUUCCACCUGAGGAGAAGCCACCUCCGACUGUAGAGGAGCUUCGUGCUAUCAAUUCCAGCGCGAGCGAGCCUUUCAACUUCACCAACGUACCGUGUUCCGAUGAAAACACCAUACGCAUCAUCGAUGUCUUGCCAGGCACAAACGAUCAUGGCUUGUCACUCACCAUGCGUACCACACAGUUAUCUGGCCCGAGCAAGGACCAUUAUCUUGCAUUCACUCAUGCUGCUGCGACUGGUGAUGGGUAUGUGCAAGUGCCGUGCAACGGUGAACUGUUGUCCGUUCCACAUAGCAUACAUGCUGCGCUGGUUCACAUCGGCCGUCACCUGGACGCUGGAGUAUGGACGGUGUUCGGGAGAAGACCUUGUAUCUGGAUUGAUACUCUAUGCAUGGAGAAUGAUGAUCGAGUCUGGCGAGCCACGAAAACACCAGAUCUGUUUCGAGGAGCUGAGAGGACCCUCAUCUGCCUUGGAAUGUCUCAAGCUAUUCCCACGCGCAGCGAUUUUGUGGCUGUCGAUGAUCUCGACGUCGCAGGCAUGCAUAUAGGAGAUCCGAAGGCGCACCGGAGCGUUGACCUUGUGCUAAGUCCUGAUGAGACGACGAAGAUCUUGCGGGAUCCAUGGUUCAGUUCGCGAGCCAGUCUGCAACCUUUCGUCGCGGCGAAACGUCGAACAAUCUUGCUUUCAGAUGGAAAGGUAAUCGACGUACCUGCAUUUCUGCAGAUGCUCAAAGCGCAUAACUUGGAAUCUGUCAGCGGCCCUAUGAAAGACUUUCGCCACUUUGAGGACCUCCGGCCGCAGAGAUUGCUGGUAACCAAUCUCCACCACUAUGCCGCUAUGGUCCCUGACACGCCACACGACAUCGUCUACGCACUGCUUGGCAUCAGUUGUGGGUGCAAACAUGUGAUGUCGUCCGGCAGAUGUGGCAUCAAGAAUUGCGGGUUGAGGAGUGUUCCAACAUCGUACGAGCAGCCAAUUGCGCCGUUGUUCCGCGAAAUCGCACAAAAUGCGAUGGGAGCUGAUCUGGUAGCAGUGCUCGUGUCAGCAUGUAUACGGCAGCGUGGCGAGCAGUCUUGGCCGAGCUGGGUUCCGGAUUGGCGAAUUAUGCCUCACUACACGAUCCCUCGCACUCAGAGAUGCGUCGACGAGAGCUUUGGUGCCGACUUCAACACUCUGCUAUGGAACGACGGCUUUCGUAUGCUCGAUAUGGAACGAUGGCAGCACAAUCGCAAUUGUCGACCCGCUGUCUCUGGUCCAUAUGGCUGGUCGACUCGUUUUGAGCACGACACACCGAAGCUGAUCGGGUGGGUUAUGCGGCUUCCUCCAGCGGGGAUAAGAGCGGAUACACUCUCGUGGGACGACGGACCUUUUAAGCCACCUGGAAUGCGAACACCGCCAUGGAUGGGACGAGCCUUCGACAAGAGACAGUGUGGUCCAUUCCUGCAGCCCACGGAGAAGUACAAGCGGGUUCAGCAGAAGAUGUCAGAGCAGGAGCUACGAUAUCAAACCAUCUCAGCGGAAUGGCCAUGCCUCGAGGCGAACGAUCUUGUCUUCUUUAUCCUUGGAUCCCGGGUGGCAUUCGUCGUGAGGCCUAAUGGGAAGGGCGCGUUCAGACUUGUGGACUGCAUCGCUCGAUCUGCAGUCUUGACCAACAUUCGAUUCGCCUGGACUGGUAAAGGUGAUGGCGACGUGUGGGCUUAUGGCGACUGCGCCGAAGCGCCUGUAGAGCUGGAGCUGGCUUAG